UUAUAGAGUCUGUUAGUACCAUUUCGAUAGAAUAUGUCGUACAGUUUUCUUCAACAUUCCUUUUUCUCGCGUAUAAAAAUCGGCGUUUUCUAAAUGAAUUUGUCUGUUUUUGCAUUGAUUGUAGCAUUCAAUGUGAUUUCACUCUGGGCAAAAUACGCAAUCAGUGGUGAUGACACGAAAACCUCAGAACGAAAGUUACACGAGAAUAAAGAGCUUACCUCUCAAUCACAUGACUCUAUCAGCUCUAAUCAAGGAGACAAAAUUCUAACUUGGGGAAUGACGCCUAAAAGGGAGAAAAAUGAUGACGAUGACGAUGAUGACGAUGAUGACAAUGAUGACAAUGAUGACGAUGAUGACGGUGAUGACAAUGAUGACGAUGAUCACGGUGAUGACGAUGGUGACGAUGAUGACGAUGAUGACGAUGGUGAUGAUGAUGACGAGGACUAUUCUGAUUACGACUAUUAUGCUUUUGAUUACGAUUAUGAUGAAUAUAUGCCAGAAGACCUCGAAAAAAUUAGUAAACUGAAGUGUCCUAAAGGUUUCUCGAAUGUGGAGAAUGUGGUGAAGGUGAAGUGCUUCAAUGUGAGUGGGCAGAAGGCGCCCUCCUUUCUCGCGGCGCAGGCCAUAUGCCACCAAAUUCACCCUCAUGCCCACCCAUUGGAAGUGGACAGUGCAGAGGAGUUGAACAACAUCUCCUCCUGGCUAGAGGGGGAAAGGGAGAAGGGUAGUGUUGGGGAGGGGUGGGUGUGGACCAACUUCAGACGCUGGAACGAGACUAGGGCCAAGAAGGAGAACCAGACCCACUUCGAAGAGGGCAAACCCAAAACCAGAGUUUUUUUUCUUAAGAGUCCCUUGAAAUGGGCUAAAGACAAGUUCAAGAAGGUGAAAAACACGUUCAAGAAUGCGGGAAAAAAGUGGCUUUGGAGGAGUAUUGAUGUGGAAGAGGCAUUCGACUAA